AUGAUCUCUGCUACAGGAUGGGUCCCAAGAGGCUAUGCUUCUGAAUUUCCUGAAAAAUACGAGUUGAACGAUGAGGAAGUUGCUAGAAUCGAAGAAAUGGCAAAGUUAAAUCUAGGUGAUGACUAUUCAGAUGAGGCCGCUAAUGAUGAAGAGCAAGAGCAAUUAAAUGAUGAUGCAAACGAUAGAGAGGAGAAUAAGGAAGCCAACGUUGAUGGACUGAAAAAUCAGCUUGAAGUUGACGAUGAUUUGAAAGAAUACGAUUUGGAGCAUUAUGAAGAUAGUGACAAUGGAAAAGGCCAAGAUAUUUCCAUGUUUCCUGGAUUAGCUAAUGAAGACGUUAAAUUCCACGCUGGUGGCGAAGAUUCUGAUCCAUACAUCACUUUACCAACCCAAGAAGAAGAAACUGAAGCCAAGCAAGAAUUACAAGUUUAUCCAAGUGAUAAUCUGGUUCUUGCUACUAGGACAGAAGAUGAAGUCUCAUACUUGGACGUUUACGUUUAUGAUGAUGGUGCAGGUUUCCAUGACAGCGAGAUUCCAACUGAACAAGGUGAUGAAGCCGAUCCAGAUGUCGCAAGAGGUUUAGUUCGUGAUAGCUCUUUGUACGUUCACCACGAUUUAAUGUUGCCUGCAUUCCCUCUAUGUGUUGAAUGGUUAAAUUACAAGCCAGGUAGUAACGAUAAUGAUAGUUUGGCCAAUUUUGUUGCUGUAGGUACGUUUGAUCCACAAAUUGAAAUUUGGAAUCUAGAUUGCGUUGAAAAAGCUUUCCCAGAUAUGAUCCUAGGUGAACCAGUUAAUAAUUCCAUGGCAUCAUUAACCAAGAAAAAGAAGAAAACAAAGCAUAAUCAACAUAUAACGUCACAUCACACUGAUGCCGUACUAUCUCUUUCUCAUAACAAGCACUUCCGUGCCGUUCUUGCAUCUACUUCUGCUGAUCACACUGUCAAAUUAUGGGAUCUAAACAGUGGUAACGCUGCUCGUUCUAUGGCAUCUAUUCAUAACAACAAGAAUGUUUCCUCAUCGCAAUGGCAUCACGGUAACGGUUCAAUUUUAUUGACCGGUGGUUACGACUCUCGUAUUGCAUUGACGGAUGUUAGAAUUUCAAAUGAAAAUGAAAUGUCCAAAUAUUGGUCUGUUUCCAACGGUGAAGAAGUGGAAACUGUCAUUUUUGCAGAUGAAAAUAUAAUACUUGCUGGUACUGAUUCUGGUAAUAUUUAUUCGUUCGAUAUUAGAAAUAAUGCAGGAUCCAAACCGGUCUGGACUUUGAAGGCCCACGAUGCAGGUAUCUCAUCCUUGUCAGUUAACAACUUUAUUCCAGGUCUAAUGAGUACUGGUGCCAUGGGUGAAAAGGCGGUGAAGUUAUGGAAGUUCCCAACUGGUGAUUCGCAAGCAGAUGGUUCAAUGAAAGGUCCAAAUAUGGUCUUAUCUCGUGACUUCGAUGUUGGUAACGUCUUAACAACUUCCUUUGCCCCAGAUAUUGAAACCGCCGGUGUUAUGGUUGUUGGUGGUGUCAAUAAAGGUCUAAAACUAUGGGACGUCUUCACGAAUAGAACUGUCCGUAAGAGUUUCACUCAUGAAUUGGCAGGCAUCCAAAAAUUAGCCAGAGAAGAAGCACAAAAGAUGGGUAAGAGUUCCAGAAUCAGUAGGAAAUAUAUCAAGAACGACAACCCAGAUACAGUCGUCACCGUAGAUGACCAAGGCGAAGAUGAGGAGGAAAGAGAAGGCGAAGAAGAAGAAGAAGAUUGGGAAAGCGAAUAG